GGCGCUGACGCCGCGUCCCGCCUCGGGGCCAGGCCGGGUAGCGGCGGGCGAGGGGCGCCGUUAGCUGCCGGGUCGCCCCGUGGCGGUGGCCCGCCGCAGGCCAUGCGGUAGCGGAACGCGCCGCGCCCGGGCUCUCGGUGGCCAUGGAGCGGCUCCCGGGCGGCCGGCGGCUCCGGCUCGCGUCCUCGCUGGGGCUGGGGCAGCGCUGCUGGGAGGUGACCUUAGACGAGGAGCGGGGGCUGCUGGCCUGGCGCGACCCGCGUCCGCCGCGCCGCGGCGCAGAUAACUGUUUUGUACCAACCUCUGAGAUCAUUGCUGUAGAAGAAACUGAACUGAACAAGAAACAGCGUAGUACUGGCAAAUGGCAAAAAAUGGCAAAGCCCCAUGCUUUCACAGUUUAUUACGUGAAAAAAGCCCGAAAUCACCGCUGGCGGUGCAGAGACGUGACGUUUUGGUGUGCUGAUGAGUACUUGUGUAACCAGUGGAUACAGGCACUGAAAGAAUUACUUGAAAUGCAGAAGUGCAGACCAAAACAGUUGCUUGUGUAUAUUAAUCCAUAUGGAGGAAAGCGACAAGGGAAGAGGAUUUAUGAACAGAAAGUUGCUCCACUUUUCAGUUUGGCUUCUAUUUCUACUGAUGUUGUCGUAACUGAACAUGCUAACCAUGCUAAGGAGAACUUAUUUGAAGUUAAUAUUAAUAAAUAUGAUGGUGUUGUUUGUGUUGGUGGGGACGGCAUGUUCAGUGAAGUGAUGCAUGGUCUCAUUGGAAGAAUGCAGAAGGACUCUGGCAUAGACCAAAAUAAUCCCAAAGCACCGUUAGUCCAGUGCAAUAUAAGGAUUGGCAUAAUUCCUGCUGGCUCAACAGAUUGCGUAUGCUAUUCAACUGUUGGUAUUUCUGAUCCAGUAACGUCAGCUCUUCAUAUUAUUAUAGGUGACUGUCAGCCUUUAGAUGUCUCAUCUGUGCAUCAUAACAACACGUUUUUGAAGUAUGCUGUGUCAUUGUUGGGUUAUGGUUUUUAUGGAGACGUUUUGAAAGACAGUGAAAAGAAGCGGUGGAUGGGUCCGAUGAGAUAUGACUAUUCAGGCUUCAAGACUUUUCUUUCUCAUCAUUACUAUGAAGGAACAAUUUCCUUUCAACCAGCAAAACACACACUGGGAUCUCCACGAGAUAAAGAUAGCUGCAGAACAGGAUGUUAUGUUUGCAAGGAAAGUGAGCAACAGCUGGCAGAACAACGCAAGAAGUGUGGAUUCAAACAUGAAGAAGAUGAAGAAGAAUGGAAGGUUAUUAAAGGAAAAUUUCUAGCCAUCAAUGUAGUAAACAUGAGCUGUGCCUGUCCACGAAGUCCAAAAGGUCUUUCACCAGCAGCUCAUUUAGCAGAUGGUUCAGCUGACCUCAUUCUAGUUCGUAAAUGCUCCAGAUUUGAUUUUCUGCGUUAUCUUGUCAGACAUACAAACCAACAUGACCAGUUUGACUUCUCAUUUGUAGAUGUUUAUCGGGUGAAGAGUUUUCAAUUUACAUCAAAGCUUUCAGAAGACAAUGAAAGCAGUGUCACAGACAUAGGAAAGAAACGUUUUGGCCAAUUUUGCAGAGAUCAUCCAGCCUGCUGCUGCAGUAUUGCUAAUAGCACUUGGAACUGUGAUGGAGAAACUCUGGAUAGUUCAGCAAUUGAAGUGAGGGUUCACUGCCAGUUAAUGAAACUGUUUGCAAGGGGAAUUGAGGAAAACAGUAAAGAUGAAGCUGCCUACAGCCACAGUAGCAUUGAACAAUUACUAUAAGUACUGUUCCUCCGAUGAGGAGAAGAAAAAAAUAAAUGCUCAAGGAAAUUGAGUAUAUGUGCAUUUUAGUCAAAUUGACAAGUAUUUUAAAGUUUUAGGAUUUUUUUUGUGAUAGUUUCAGUAUAAUUUUAGAUUUUUAUUUCACUUUUUUUUUUUUUACAUUGUAGUCAUUAAAAUAUGUCUUGGAGUAAUGUAAUCUAAGUUAUGUUAGAGAAGAGAGAAUUGGCGUAUGUGUAUGUAUUCACAACAACUGAAAAAUACUGUGCUUUUCUAGAGAGCUGAUUUAGCAGUUGUGUUGCAAUAAUAUGUAAUUGUUAUAAAACGUUGAACUUUAUAUUGCCAUCAAACCAAGAUACAAAGACAAGAUAUUUUCAGUAUCUGAGAGAAUGUGUUCUGCUGGGAGUGUGAAGUAUUGCAUGUGGCUUAAGUGCUGGACAACAGUGUUGUCCUUGGCAUAUUUUUUUUUUUAAUCUUUCCUUUGUAGUUCUGACAAUACCUUGCAACUUAUCAAUGCAAUUCAGAUACACAUUCCUGGCUUUAAGUAAUAACAAUAACAGUCUAGAAAUAUUUUUAAAAACAAAAGCACAUCUGUAGACAGAUCAUAACUUCUAUAUAUUCUAUUUAUAAGUGCUUCCUUGCAUGCUGCUGUUUGGGAUUAUAAAGCAUCUAAUGACUGUUUGGAUUAUACCAAAUACUGUGUACUGCAUUGGAAUGUCUUGCAAGCAACUCACAGGGAUGUGUGAUACCAGGAAAGCAUAGGCAGGGGAAAAUAAAAAUAUCUUAUAAAACACCAGCAAAUUUUACAUUUCUAAAAAUGGUUAAAAUUAACAUAUGAAAAGCUUUCCUCUUCAGUACGGGAUUCUUUGAAUAUUCUAUGAGAUAUGUUAAAAUGUCUUUGCAAAGUAAGAUGUUGGAAUAUUAAGUUCGAAAAUAUUAUUUGAUGAUUGAAUGUCUUUUAAACAAUGUUUUAUUUAACUAAAUAGGAAGCAGAGCAAUGUGUGAUGUGAAGUCAAAGGAAGAAACUGGCAUCUGAUAAAUCACAAAUCACUGUGCUUAUUUUUACAGCAAGUACCUUAGACUAUCAAGUACGACUAUGGAGCGAUUAUUUAAGUUAUACUUGAAUUUAUGUAUUGUGGCUCACACACAUCCAGUGUGUAGUCUUGGGGCAAAAUUUUCCUCUUGUCAAGCAGGUUACUUCCUGUUUGGUAAGGAUCAGAACUUAACCUCCAUUUGUUAAUGCUUACUGCAUCUCAGAUUUUUUGUGUGUGUGUUUGAACAGCUAAUUAUUCUCUGUUCAUGUAUAUUUAUUGGUAUUUCUGUCAUUCAGCUUCUACUGGUUUCGUGUAUAUUUGCUCUGUGUAAGCCAUGGUGAUCGGUCAGUUUAUUUCUGAAGCACUUGAAGUUUCUUUUAUAUGGCUGAUUUAUUUUCUUUUCUGCUGAAACAUUCCAAUUUCCUGUAAUAUCAGAAGUUGUGCUAUAUUGUUGCUACAAGUAUUAUUCAUACCAUUGCGUAUGACAGAAAACCAAAAAGAUUUGUCAGUGAUAAUUACUUAAGUACAGUCAUACAAAGUUUAGGAUCUGUUUUUCAUUAUAUAAAAUGUCAGGGAGAUACUUGAAUACUUUUCCAAAAGUAGUACUGUUUACUUCUCUCAAUAAUGUACUGAGUCUGAAAAACAUUGGGUAAAUCAACUUUUCAACAUUUGUAAUACGAAAAUGUUAAAUAUGCUGUAUAUUUUUAAAGCCAUGUUUAGCAAGGGAAAUGGUACAUUUGAAUAAAGAACCCUAUUGAAAAUGAGAUGAUGCAGUCAUACAAAUGCAGAUACCUUCUGAAAGUAUAAGUUGUUUAAAAAGUGCUAAAGCUUGGUCUAUGCUGAAUAUUGUAAAAGAACUGAGAUUUCAAAUUACUGUAAUUCUUGGCCAGGGUAUGACAGUGUAAACUCCACUCACCAACAGAUGAAGUGUUACAGCUAUCCAGAUCAAUUUCUCAUUUGUGAGAACAGCAGAAAUGCUAACCAGCUUUUUUCCAUUAGUUUGCUAGUAAGACUGUUACUUAAAAAAUGGUAGAUGAAUCUGGUUGUGAUGUUGAAGUGCUUUGAGUACUUGUAAUGUCUGAAACUGUGCCUGGUGUUUCCAAAAAAAGGCCACUGGGAAGGCCUCCAUUCUGAAGGAGAACUGCCAGAAAAGAAGGAGGAAAAGAUCAUUCAGUAGUAUCGUAAUGAAGUGUUAAUGCCGAAGGUAUUGCAACAUAUUAAAUAUCUUAGAAAAUAGGGAAGCUGCAUAGUUGAAUUGAAUAAUUCUAUUUGUAGCAUAUUGUAUUAGCGAAGGUGAGCUGUACGACAUCCAGUUCAUUUUUAAGAAGAGAGCUGUGUAAGUAGUAUAUGCUUUCAUUUUAAUUCUAGUAUUUUUCCCUGAAUGUAGUCUCGGAAUGAAAAUCAUGUAUGGGAAAACCAAGUUUGAUUCCCUGUUUUGUUUUUUAUUUCCCAAUCUUGCUGGCUUCAAGAUUAGAAAAUGUGCUCUGUUUUAUGAGGCUAAAGGAAUUCACUGGAAAAAAAAAUAAUAAUAAAAUGAUGUUGUACAGCAA